AUGGAGGAUCGAUCUUUGCUGAUUCUAUAUGGGUCAGAAACGGGCUGCGCUCAAGAUGUUGCAGAAAACCUGGGUCGACAAGCUAGACGCCGUCAUUUUAACACAAAAGUUUAUGCGAUGGAUGAGUAUGACAAAAGCCAGUUAUUAGAUGAGACGAUUGUUAUCUUUGUUUGUUCAACAACAGGUCAAGGUGCCGAACCUACCAAUAUGAAGAGAUUCUGGCGGUUUCUGUUACGGAAGAAUUUGCCAAACGACAUUUUAAGUAAUAUUGACUGUGCUGUCAUUGGGUUAGGUGACUCAUCGUAUAGAAAGUUCAAUUAUCCAGCAAAGAAACUGUAUAGAAGAUUAAUUCAGUUAGGUGCCAAUAUGGUUAUUGAUAGGGCGGAUUGCGAUGAUCAGCAUUAUCAAGGGUUAGACGGUGCAUUUAUACCAUGGGCAAAGAAGUUAUGGAAUAUUUUAUUAGAGAAAUACCCUACAAAGAAGCCCAUCCUUUCCGACGAUGUAUUAUUACCACCAAAUUUCAAAAUGGAAUUUUUAUCAGAAGAUGAGGAAAAUAACCAUAAAGAUACCCGAUGCGUCGCUCCUCAAAAACUACUUCCUGGCGAAUUCAAUUUAACAGUGAAAGAGAAUAAGCGCAUUACAGCCACAGACCAUUUUCAAGACGUUCGACAUAUUGAAGUCACAUGCGAGGAUGAGAAGUUUCACUACGACCCGGGAGAUAUUGCUGUUAUUCCUCCUCAAAAUCUUCCUGGUGAAGUGGAUCUAUUUCUAGAGUUUAUGGGAUGGACGGAACACGCUGAUAAAAUCGUGCGUUUUAUUCCUUCUUCGGACAAUGUCAAAUUACCUACUCAUUGGCCUGACAAGAUUCGGUUUAAAGACAUCUUUAUUUAUCAUUUGGAUCUGUUUGGCGUACCACGUCGCUCGUUUUUUGAAAUGCUUGCUUAUUUCGCCACGGACGAUUUAAAUCAUGCUGAGCGGUUGAGAGAAUUUGCUUCGCCAGAGGGACAAGAAGACAUGUGGGCUUAUAGUGCUCGACCUCGACGUACCAUUGCUGAAGUCCUAUACGAUUUUCAACCCUUCCAUAUUCCUUUUGAUUAUAUUUUGGAUUUAUUCCCUUCUCUGCAACCGAGAAGUUUUUCAAUCGCCUCCUGUUUGGAAGUUCAUGCCGGUAACAGCGAUAGCAUCAACGACAGCGUCCAUACUAAGAAAAAGGAAAUGCAAUUGUUUGUGGCAGUUGUCAAAUACAAGACGAAAAUGCGACGUAUUCGCCGUGGUGUAUUCACGAAAUGGUUAUCUACGUGGCAGCCUGGCGAUACGAUCGCGCGUGUCCGCAUCCUUAAGGGUACCAUGUCUUUACCUCCAUCAUCAGAUAUACCUCUUAUCGCCAUUGGCCCUGGUACAGGCUUAGCACCCAUGCGAUCCUUCUUGGAACAUCGUAUUGAGAUUCAACAAGCAAAAGAAAACAUGCUUAUCUUGGGUUGUCGGCACCAUGACAAAGACUAUUAUUAUAGAGAGCAGUGGGAAAGAUAUGUUGAAAGAGGACAGUUGGUGUUGUUCACGGCGUUUUCAAGGGACCAAGAGCAAAAAGUGUAUGUUCAGGAUAAAAUUCGAGAGAAUGGCAAGCAAAUUUGGGAUUGGAUCGAACAUAAGCAGGCUAAGGUUGUCUUGUCUGGAUCGAUGGACAAGAUGCCGGGCCAGGUGGCGUUUGCAUUUAAAGAAGUAUUUAUGAAAGAAGGAGGUUUGAAUGCUGAAGAAGCAGAGAUCUAUUUUGGCAAUAUGACGAAAACUGGGCAAUAUCAAGAGGAAUGUUGGAAUUAA